AAUUCUCUUUCCCAUUGCGCCAUUCAUUUUCAUUCCCAAAAAUUUCAGCUUUUUUUCAACUCAUAUACUUAAAGUGAUGCUAUUUGAAUUUCGCAAUACUCGACAAAAUUGCAACUUGGGUUUCCUAGAUCGCGCUCAGAUCUUCACACCUCCUGAUCCAGCUAAAAAAGUUUGAAUCUUGGGAGAAAACGAACUUUGAGGAGAAUUCAUGAGGCUGUGGCUUUGGCAGCAGAAAUUGAAUCCAUUAGGCCAUUUUUGGCAUUUGAUGGUGAAGAGGGGAAGGGAAAGUCAGUGUGAAAUUGGGUUGAUGAUCAGUAUGUCGCGUUAAGUUUAGAUCCUUUACCUCUGCAUUUGUGGCUGGUGAUUCUUUAAGAGUGGUUGGUUGGAUUUGUUUGAACAAGACUUUGAUCUGUGGCUCCAAGUGAUGAUCAAGAAUAUACUCAAUAGGAUCCCUCACAAGCAAGGGAAGUUAGGAGAAGGUCACGAUGGAGGGGCCACGACACUCUCGUCAACGAAUUUGAAAAGCAAUGUAGUUGCAGGUUCUAGGUCAGGCAAUUCGAAUGCUGCAGCCGGGUUGAAUCCAGUUCUGAACAAUCUUCUUGAAUAUGAUCCAUCAAAUGUGAAGGAAAACGGGGUUAUUGGAAGUGCACCGUAUGAGGCUCUUCCUAGUUUUAGAGACAUUCCAAACUCUGAGAAGCAAACCUUGUUUAUCAGAAAAUUGAGUUUGUGUUGUGUAGUGUUUGACUUCACUGAUCCCUCGAAGAGUUUAAAGGAGAAAGACAUCAAACGACAGACAUUAGUCGAGCUAGUGGAUUAUGUAACCUCAGCACAUGGGAAGUUCAAUGAGACAGCUAUGCACGAUAUAGUAAAGAUGGUGUCUGUGAAUUUAUUCCGGACACUCUCAACUCAGUCUCGUGAGAACAAAUCUGUAGAUGGCUUUGAUUUGGAAGAAGACGAGCCCUUGAUGGAUCCAGCAUGGCCGCAUUUGCAAAUUGUGUAUGAAUUUCUCCUCAGGUUUGUAGCUUCACCGGAGACAGAUGCCAAGUUGGCAAAACGCUACGUUAAUCACUCCUUCGUGUUAAGGUUAUUAGACCUCUUCGACUCAGAGGAUACUAGAGAGAGAGACUACUUAAAGACUGUCCUACACCGGAUAUACGGGAAGUUCAUGGUGCAUCGGCCGUUCAUCAGAAAAGCAAUCAACAAUAUAUUCUACCGUUUCAUUUUUGAGACAGAGAAGCACUACGGGAUUGCUGAGCUGUUAGAGAUCUUAGGGAGCAUCAUAAAUGGAUUUGCAUUGCCACUCAAGGAAGAACAUAAGCUCUUCCUUGUUCGUGCUCUGGUUCCGCUCCACAAACCAAAGUGCGUAUCCACAUACCAUCAACAGCUAUCCUAUUGUGUCACACAGUUUGUGGAGAAGGACUGCAAACUCGCUGAUACAGUUAUAAGGGGCUUACUCAAAUACUGGCCUAUUACGAGUAGUUCUAAGGAGGGAAUGUUCUUGGGCGAGCUUGAGGAAGUGUUGGAAGUGACCCAGCCCCCCGAGUUCCAGUGCUGUAUGGUCCCACUCUUCCGCCAGAUUGGCCGUUGCUUGAGCAGCUCCCACUUUCAGGUUGCAGAGAGGGCUCUCUUUCUAUGGAACAACAGCCACAUCGAGAAUCUGAUCAAACAAAACCGCACAGUCAUACUGCCAAUCAUCUUCCCGGCAUUGGAGAACAAUGCAAGGAGCCACUGGAAUCAAGCCGUGCAGAGCCUGACCCUCAAUGUACGGAAAAUCUUCUCUGAUGUGGAUCCGGAGCUCUUUGAGGAGUGUCUCCUCAAGUACCAAGAAGAUGAAGCAGGGCAAGAAGAAACCAAGAGCAGACGUGAAGCAACUUGGAAGCGCUUGGAGGAUAUCGCAACCACCAACGACGAGCACUGAAUGAGCCCCACCAAACACAUUUUUUGGUUCUAGCUUCGGAAAAUGGAUGAGUAUUUAUUCCACUAUGGAGUGUAUAUACACAGCUCAAGGAAGUGUCAAAUUCUUCAACACACCUUCCAAUUUCCUUGGAGAUGGAGGUAAUUUAUUUACAAAUCCACCUUUUUUUUUCUCUCAAAUUGUGUAGCUUAUAGAAUGAAGUGAAACUAAAUGAAAAGUUGUAUUUGCAGUCCAUUUUGGUUGGCUUGGUUAAUACCGAGUUUGAUUUCAUGUGGUAUAUGUGUAUGUUUGAUUGUAAGGUCUAAUGAAUGUAUACCUACACGAUAAAUUAUACUCUAUUUUCAAGGGUAUUUUCGAGUUAGUUCCUUUAA